AUGCAUCAAUAAUAGGAUGAGCAGAAAAGAUCUCUAGUGCAGGAGAAAAUGUAGAUGAAGUAACAAGGAAUAGACAAUGGGAAUUUGAGGAAAAUCAAUGAUGAGGACAUCUAGAAGAUCUAGGCUUAUGAAUAGAUGCAAAUAGAGAAUGCAAUGAAAAACUCAACCUGGAGUACUCUAAUGUUGUUAAAAAGCAAGGAGAUUGUCAAAUCAAAGUAAAAAUGGUGUAUUGAUAUUUUUAGAUGGAGACCAAAAAAGAAAUAAAGAUUGUGGGAUUAAUAUAAAAUUGAUAAGAUCUUGAAGAAGUAUUCCAUCAUGAUAGAAGGCAACGAUCCUCCCCCUCCAAUUAAAUCAUUCUAAGACUUACGAGUCGAUCACAGAAUUUUGAAAAUCCUCAGCAAAAUGAAAAUUAAGAAACCAACUCCAAUUCAAAUGCAAGGAUUACCAGCUGUCUUAAUGGGAAGAGACAUUAUAGGAGUGGCACCAAGUGGUUAAGGCAAAACCUUAGUGUUUUUGUUGCCCGCUUUAUUAUAAUGCAUAGAAGAAGAAAUGAAAAUGCCAGUAAUCAGAGGUGAAGGACCAUUUGCUUUGAUAUUGCUCCCAUCCCAUGAAUUGGCAAUUUUAACCUAUGAGUUGGCAAAACAAUAUUGCCAGAAAUUCUAAAAGAAAGGAUUCCCAGCUAUACAUUGUCUCUUAGGAAUCGGAGGUAUGGAUAUGUCAUCACAGUUGCAAUCAAUAAGAAAUGGAGUUCACAUCGUAAUUGGAACUCCUGGCAGAAUUAGCGACAUGGUAAAUAAGAAAAAAAUCAAUAUGGAUUUGUGCAGAUUCAUAGUUCUGGAUGAAGCUGACAGAAUGUUGGAUUAAGUGUUUGAAUUGGAAAUUAGAAAUAUUUUAGAGCAUUUCACAGGUCCUAGAUAAACUAUGUUAUUCAGUGCUACUCUCCCAAAGAAAAUAUAAGAAUUCACAAAACAAACAUUAGUCGACCCAUUAGUGAUUAAUGUAGGUAGAAGUGGUUAAAUUAACUUGAAUGUGAUCCAGGAAAUAUUAUAUGUUAAACAGGAAGAAAAAUUACAUUAUUUAUUAGAUUGUCUCAAAAAAACUACUCCCCCUGUUGUCAUAUUUAGUGAGCAUUAAAAUGAUGUUGAUGACAUCAAUGAAUAUCUCUUAAUCAAAGGAGUUGAAGUAGUUGGAUUGCAUGGAGGAAAACAAUAGGAGGAUAGAACUAAGGCAUUGAAGCAGUUCUUAAAUGGGCAAAAAGAUGUCUUGGUGGCUACUGAUGUGGCUGCUAAAGGAUUGGAUUUUCCUGACAUUAAACAUGUUAUCAAUUAUGAUAUGCCAAAAGAUAUCGAAUCUUACAUUCACAGAAUUGGAAGAACUGGAAGACAAGGCAAAACAGGUAGGGCAACAACAUUUGUCAAUAGAUAAUAGGAAGAGUCCAUUCUAUUAGAUUUAAAGUAUCUACUUGUGGAAUCCAAAUAAAAAAUUCCUUAAUUUUUGGAGAAACUCAAAUCAGAUGAGGAUUUGAAUGGCUCAUGUGGUUAUUGUGAUGGAAUGGGACACAGGAUGGCUAAUUGUCCAAAACUAGAAAAGUAGAAGAUGAGAAUUCUAACUAAUCCAAACAAAGAAAGUUGUCCAGAUUUCCUCAAAGGUUAAGACUAUAGAGAGAGUUAAAGUGCCGAAAGAUAAAAUUAAAUGGGAUGAUCUGAAUUAAUGUUCAAAUU